AUGUUUGCUGAGCCUCCCGAAGGCAAACCUCCAGUUGGCGACAAGGCUCAUGCUCAAGCCGGGAAGCCUGGUGAAGGUGGUGUUGAGUCAAAAGGGCUGCAAAAGCUUGGAGAAAUCAUCUCUGGACAUCUGGGUGUUGAGAAAGCGCUUGAACUCCCUCGCUUGGAAGUGGCCUUCGAGGACACAGUCAGUCUCCUUACACCCCACAGCACACGUCCGAAUAGAGCGAGCAGCGCGGAGGACAAGGUUGGCGCUGCGCUGCCCAAGGCUGACAACGCCUCCAAUGUCGCUGCGGCUAUGGCUGUGGUAGGCAACAGCAGCAGCAGCGCUGCCGCUGCCCCUCCGCAAAAACAAAAUUCUCAAGACUCAGCGAUGUUCCUUGCCAGCGAAGCCGGUGGAUCUCAGGAAGGCUCUCCCUCUCCCAUGAAAAGGCCCAGCUCAGGCUCAGGGCCGGCAGUCAAAAAGCGACCUUCCGCUGCAAGUCUGCCAGCUGAACCUUCCCCUCAGAAGAAGCCUGCGACCAAGCGCGAUCCUCCAGACUCAGAGUCGGUGAAGCCAGCAGACUCAGAGCCUGGACCUUCCUGUCGGAAGAAGCCUGCGACCAAGCGCGAUCCUCCAGAGUUGGUGGAGCCAGCAGAGUCCGGAGAGCAGCCUGUGAUUGUCCAACAUGAUGAUUGGGAGGUUAAGACCUUUCUGCGAAAGACAGGGGCAAUGGCUGGGCAGCCUUGGCGUAUCUUCACUCAUUUGCCUACAGGUGAGAAACACAAGUCCUUGAGGUCAGCUCGGGCAGCAGGGUACACCGAUCCUGACCCUUGA